AUGGGCGACGCCUUUGGGCAGCAGUGCCUCCUGCUAGCCUGGGCUCACAUCGAAGCGGCUGCGUGCGAAGAGGGCGCUGCUGGCAACCUCUGCUGGGAGCGGAAUGAGAUCACCCAUGCCAUGGAAAAGGCUGGCUUCUCCUUCGAGCAGUUCUCCAGGAAGCCUGACCAUUUUCCUUGCUUCUGCCAGGAGUACGCAGAACUGAGGAGCUCCAAUCCUACAGCCAUGGAUGUCGACACAGUGGAUGCUUUGACGUUUGUUCGCCUUCUGGCGCUCCUGCGGGAGAAGUUCUACGAGUCCGGGACGGGAGCAGGCGCAGACGCUCUGGAAGCCAUGGGAUUGAACAUCCGUGAAGCCGUUCGCUGCGUUGAGGUGGAGACGGGCAUCCACUUGGGACGGGCGAAGAGCGUCAACCGCUUGAGGAACGCCUUCCGACACCAAACUGCCAGAAGGCAUGCUUUGGCGCCCAAGCGGGCCAACCAGAUCGCCAAGACCAUCAACGACGCGUCGCCAUGUACGGUGGAGGAGUUUCUGACGUUGGCCUCAGAGCUGUCAGGCGUAUCCCUCACGCGCGAAGAGCUGCUUGAGGAUUAUGCGGUGGCUAGGACCGGGAGUAGGCCCUGA